AUGGCGUCGUCAAAUGUGAACAUCUUGCUUUCGUCUUUUCCCGGCCUGUCGCUGCCGUCCACCCUUUCGUUCUCGCUGCCAUCAACCUCCAGCAUCUCGGACCUAACGGAGAAAGUCGCCUCAUACCUUCCGUCGUCGCUGUCUUUGCAUUCUCUCAUCCUUACAACAACCAACAACAAGCAAAUUACUCCAUGUACCGACUCCUUGCAGUCCUUGAUCAUUCGCGAUGGCGCGUCCGUGGCCUCAAACCUCCUCCCUAUUCGCCUCUCCGUCCCCAUGUGCGGUGGUAAGGGUGGUUUUGGAUCUCAGCUUCGUGCCGCCGGUGGUCGUAUGUCCAGCAAACGCAAGCGCAACCAAGGCGAUAACAACAGCUCCAGUCGUAACCUCGAUGGACGCCGUCUCCGUACCGUGGCUGAGGCCAAGUCACUCGCCGAAUACCUCGCGGUCAAGCCCGAGAUGGACAAGAAAGAGAAGGAAGAGCGUCGUCAACGAUGGCAGGCCGUGGUGGAGUUAGCAGAGAAGCGCCAGGAUGAGCUUAAGAGUGGUGGCGGAAAGGAGAAGAUCGAUGGUCAGUGGAUGGACGAUAAGGAAGAAAUGAAUGAAAAGGCGCGCGAGGCUGUUUUAUUGGCUAUGAAGGAUGGUUCCUGGACCGACAAUCUUCGCGAUGCAAUUCUAGGUGGCUCGAGUACCAGUGCCAGUGAGGGCAGUGAUCACAUGGACUCAUCUAGCUCCGAUGAGGAUGAGGAAGACGACGAAAAUGCCGUUUCCUCAAGCGCUGCUGGACCCUCUGCACCCGCCCAGAAGUCUGCUCCUCGUCGUUUCAUUGGAUUUGAUGACGAUGACGACUUCAUGAGCGAUUCCGAGGAAGAGGAGGAGCCAGAGGUUCAGGGCAAGGGCAAAGGCAAAGCACGGGCUUAA